AUGACGACACGCAAAGACGCGCCAUUCGUGGUUUCCUCUCUGGGACGUGUUCAAGGAGGACAACUGAGCCGUGAUAACAACCCAUCACGUGAAUCACUCACAUCUCAUCCACUAUUAUCUCCUCCUCCAACAUCUACAGGCAGCGGGAACAACAGUGCUGCGGAUAUCAACAAUCUGAGAGCCCCUGCGACGACAGUCUCGUCACCUCAGCCACUUUCAGGAUCUCCAACAGAGUCCUCGUCACCGAAAUAUGUUCCUUAUACGCCUAGACACCGUGUAUCGACCUCGCAGGUGACGGCCCAACCAUCGCCCCCCACCGCCGGUGCCGCAGGAAGUGCGACUCCUCAACUACAGCUUCAAAAUCUGAGAGCUGCAGCUCAAGAUGCACAACUUACGGCUGGGAGCGUUGGCUGGGCGAUUUGUGAAAAGCUCUACCAAGAAGGAGAAGGCACGGAUUGGGAAGAUAUAUGGUCCGCUGUGACGUCUAAUAGAGCCACGCUCUUAUUGCCAUUAGAUCAGACCAUCCCCAAUGAGAACAUCACGCCAGAUUAUGUUCGCGAUCACAUCGUGUAUUGCACAGGCCCUACCAACCGGAACAUUCCUGUCGUAACACUUUCAGGUCUGCGAGGAUCAAUAUCAGACAAUACUCUUACUUUCCGGUCAUUCAUUGCACCUACUUCUCCUCAAUUCCAAUCUCUAACGGCAAUUGCAUCUCGCAUGUCCGCUUUAGCGGCACUCCCUCCCUUGCCCUCACCCCUGGUAGCACCACUCAAACCAGAGUAUCCAGUCUUCAAUGUCCCAGCUCCUCAUACCGAGCUUCCUUUUCCUUCUCAACCGCAACGCAAACCACAGAACAAACCUGUUCUUCCAAGUGCGCGGUUAAACCCGUUCGCAAGUCUCUUCGGUGCGCGUGCAUCCCCAGCAACCACUCCGUCUCCUCUUCCUCCAGCGACACCUGUAGAAGAAACUGAAAGCAAGCCUCAGACGGUCGAUGUUUCCGCCUAUGUUAUUCAAGGCCGAAUCCAGCGCAAGGACGUUUUGCGUGGGAUUGCAAGUUCCGUCAAGGCCGAGCUUCGAGAGGCUUUGACAGGCCUUCCAUCGUGGAUGGUUGAACGGACGAUUGCGUUUACCAACUCAUUGCACCCACCCAUACCUGGCGAAGUCAAGAAACCUGUAGCACGACAAACAUUGAAGAUUACAAUACCUGAACCAGAUAUGACCAAUCAAGAGACGGCUUCAGAGUCUUUCCAAGCAUUCUAUUCAUCGUUGGAAGAGGAGUUGCUAUCAAAGGAAGCAGCAAACUCGGCUGAUCAGCAGACCAACGCACACGAUCCAGCAGCUGAAGAGCGACGGCAUCUGAUGGUGGAAAGAGUAGAACGUGCUAUUUGUGCCUUGUUCUAUGACAGGCUCUUCCGCCAAAAGUCGUCCGACGAUGCAUCACACGAUGCAGCCCUAUCGUCACGCAUUGCUGCACUCAACAUGCUUGACCUUGGCCUAGAACAUCUCGGGAUUGAUGUGGGCAAAGCCGGCACGCAAGUGAUGGCUGUAGUAACUUCUGUUGGGCAGGUGUUACAAGGUCUCGAAGACGCCUCUUGUAGAGCGCCAGUCGACAAGGCAGCGAUCAUUGUGGCUGCCCACAACUCGGCAGUUGAAGGCCUAUCGAAACUCCCCCCAAUUCGCCUGAAACCAGAUGAUGAAAUGGUGGAUUCCGAACCAACGCCCAUGGCCUCUCAGUUCAAACCCAUGAGCCCAAAGCCAAGCCAUGCCCUCGACAGCUCCCUAUCUACACUGCCAGAGGAGAGCUCUGCGCAACCAUCACGAGAAGCUAGUGAAGCAGCCUUGGAGGAUAAGACAGCUCCAGCUCCCGAGUCGUCUCCCUCAGAGGACGCGAAAUCAUCCAAGACUCCAGUGGCAUCCGACAUUCUCCUCCCAUUCAUCAUCUAUGCCGUCGUCAAGGCAAACCCGCCAGAGCUUGUCUCACACCUCCUGUAUACUCAACGUUAUCGAAUGCGCUCUGGUCAGGGAGGUGAAGAGGGGUUUUGCCUCAUCAACCUGCUCGCUGUGGUCGAGUUCCUAGAGAAUGUCGAUCUAGCAGCACUAGGCUUAGCUGACAGUUCCAGGGUGCUGAGCGUUGCGGACCUCUCACCGCUGCCACUGUCACCAAAUGCAGCCAUCUUCCACAGUGACGGUCCUGGAGGCUCCCCAACUUCACCUCUGAGCGCGGCGGCACGCCUAAGGGGACGUGUUAACCAACAGGUUGAAGAACUUGCCGGUUCAGCGAAUAAGGUGUUCACCGACGUGGUAGAUUCCUCGUUUUCUGCGAUCAAGGGUCUCUUGUCGGUCAACAAUGGCAACGAAGGCGGAGCUGGUGCUGCGGCAGGCAAUAUUGCGGAAAAGCAAUCACCAUUGACCGCUCAGAUUGCAGAGGUCGCGCCAUGGAACUAUCAGCGACCAGGCUUUGGCCUGUUACGGCGAGGGACCGAGUUCACAAUCGCGAGCGUGACCUCGACGCUUCCAGCACUUCAUCGGGUUACUACGGGUGUCCCAUCACGACCCGGCUCGAUCAAGGUCGGCUAUGAGAGUGGGAGAGUGAUGGAGGCACGGACGAAGAAAGCAGGGAUGCCUGAUCGGGCGCCGAGUGCUACUGGUGCGAGAAGCGACGCGAGAAGCAUUAGGAGCUUUACGAGCAUGAUGAGUGGAGAGAGCAGGGACAAGAAGACUGCACACGCCAAUGCUUCUGGGCGAUCAGAGCGCAUGAGUCUGUCGGACCGCCUUGCGAAUGUCUCGGUGCGUAGCAGGAUACCAAGGGAUUCUAGCCCACUCCAUGCACAAUCGCCUGCGUCCAAACGGGCAUCCCUUCUCGGCGUCGCGAGUGCUCUCCCACCAUCGUCUCGACCCAGCUCACCGUCUCCGUCGAUGAGAAUAGCCCCACCUGUUGAACGCUUCCUGGAGUGUGAGCCUGGUGACCUAAGGCUGGCCGAGGUAGGCGAACUCCUCCUAGAAUAUCGGCGAGUGGUAGAAGGACUACGAGCGCUUCAUGGGUUUGAGGACUAG